AUGGUGUCUCAAACAAAGAAGGAACCGAGUUUGAAAAAACUCGAAUAUCUGUCACUGGUAUCCAAGGUUUGUACAGAGCUUGAAUCUCACUUAGGGUUUGGAGAUAAAGUGUUGGCUGAAUUCAUCACUGAGAUAGGCAGGAAAUGCGAAACUGUUGAUGAAUUCGAUGCUAAAUUGAAGGAAAAUGGGGCUGAGAUGCCUGAUUACUUUGUUCACACUUUGUUGAAGAUCAUUCACGCGAUUUUGCCUCCAAAACUGAAGUCUAAAUCUGAUAGCAAGAAAGAUGAUAAUGUACCAAAGUCGAGUUUUCCAGCUUUGAAUAUUGGGGAUACUAAGGAUAGGGUCAAGGAGUUGGAAAGAGAGAUUGAGAUGGAAGCCAGAGAGAGGACUCAACAAGAUGGUGGGAGAGAUUCUAGAGAUAGAGAUAGAGAUAGAGGAAGGGAUAGGGAUAAGGAUAGGAGAGAUAGACACAGGGGAAGGGAGAAUGAUGACAGAUAUGACAGAAGAAGAGGAGGAGAAGAAGAUGAUAGGGGUAGUCACAGGGGUAGAGACAAACAUAGAGAAGAUGACAGAGGUAGAGAAAGACACAGGGAAGAAGAUGAAGAAGAGGAAAACAGAAGAGAGAGGAAGAGUUAUGGGAGACAAUCAGAUGAACCAGAAUUAUACCAUGUCUACAAAGGUAGAGUCUCUAGGGUAAUGGACAGUGGUUGCUUUGUUCAGCUGCAUGAAAUCAAGGGAAAAGAAGGUCUAGUUCAUGUCUCACAAAUGGCUACAAGGAGAAUUCCUAAUGCAAAAGAUGUAGUCAAAAGAGAUCAAGAAGUAUUUGUCAAAGUAAUCUCAAUUUCAGGUCAAAAGCUUUCUCUUUCCAUGAGAGAUGUGGAUCAGAACACAGGUAAAGAUCUGCUACCUUUGAAGAAAACCAAAGAUGAUGAAUCUUCAAGGACAAAUCCGUCAAAUCUCUCAACCAAUUCCAUCCCUACAACAAGAACAGGACUUUCAGGAAUCAGAAUCACAGAAGAAGAUGUUGCUGUACCUUCACGCAGACCUUUGAAAAGAAUGAGUUCUCCAGAAAGAUGGGAAGCGAAGCAAUUGAUAGCUUCAGGGGUGUUAAGUGUAAAAGAGUACCCAAUGUAUGAUGAAGAAACAGAUGGAAUGCUUUAUCAAGAAGAAGGAGCUGAAGAAGAACUUGAAGUUGAAUUAAACGAAGAUGAACCUGCUUUUUUACAAGGGCAAAGCCGAUACUCCAUGGACAUGUCACCUGUGAAAAUCUUUAAAAAUCCAGAAGGUUCUUUAAGCCGAGCAGCAGCUUUACAAUCUGCUCUUAUAAAAGAAAGAAGAGAAGUAAGAGAACAACAACAAAGAACAAUGCUUGAUUCCAUUCCAAAAGAUCUCAAUCGUCCAUGGGAAGACCCAAUGCCAGAGACAGGUGAACGCCAUUUAGCUCAAGAACUCAGAGGGGUAGGAUUGUCCGCAUACGACAUGCCCGAAUGGAAAAAGGAUGCUUUCGGUAAAGCGUUGACUUUCGGUCAAAGGUCAAAACUUUCUCUUCAAGAACAAAGACAAAGUUUACCGAUUUACAAAUUGAAGAAGGAAUUGGUUCAAGCAGUACAUGACAACCAGGUGUUGGUGGUGAUUGGAGAAACCGGGUCCGGGAAGACAACUCAGGUGACUCAGUAUUUAGCAGAAGCCGGUUACACCACCAGGGGUAAAAUCGGGUGUACACAACCCCGUAGAGUUGCAGCCAUGUCUGUUGCUAAAAGAGUUGCAGAAGAAUUUGGGUGUCGAUUGGGUGAAGAAGUCGGAUACGCAAUCCGUUUUGAAGAUUGCACAGGUCCAGAAACAGUUAUCAAAUACAUGACGGAUGGAAUGCUUCUAAGAGAAAUCCUAAUCGAUGAAAACUUAUCUCAGUAUUCAGUCAUCAUGCUCGAUGAAGCACACGAGAGAACAAUCCAUACAGACGUUCUUUUCGGCUUACUAAAACAACUUAUCAGAAGAAGACCCGAUCUUAGAUUAAUUGUCACUUCAGCAACAUUAGAUGCUGAAAAAUUCUCCGGGUAUUUCUUCUCUUGUAAUAUUUUUACAAUUCCCGGAAGAACAUUUCCCGUUGAAAUCCUCUACACGAAACAACCGGAAUCCGAUUACCUCGAUGCAGCUCUCAUCACAGUCAUGCAAAUCCACUUGACAGAACCCGAGGGGGACAUUUUGGUCUUUUUAACAGGUCAAGAAGAAAUCGACCAUGCGUGUCAGUGUCUGUAUGAGAGAAUGAAAGGGUUAGGUAAAAACGUCCCCGAGUUAAUUAUUUUACCGGUUUACAGUGCGCUUCCGAGUGAAAUGCAAUCGAGAAUUUUCGACCCGGCCCCACCGGGGAAACGGAAGGUGGUUGUAGCAACGAAUAUUGCGGAAGCUUCUUUGACUAUUGACGGGAUAUUUUACGUUAUUGACCCUGGUUUUGCGAAACAGAACGUUUAUAACCCGAAACAAGGGCUUGAUUCGCUUGUGAUUACUCCAAUUUCGCAAGCAUCCGCGAAGCAGCGGGCGGGUCGGGCGGGUCGUACGGGUCCCGGGAAAUGUUACCGGCUUUACACAGAAAGCGCGUUCAAUAACGAAAUGUCUCCCACUUCGAUUCCAGAAAUUCAACGGAUUAAUCUCGGGUUGACUACUUUGACUUUAAAAGCAAUGGGGAUUAAUGAUCUUUUAUCUUUUGAUUUCAUGGAUCCGCCUUCUCCUCAAGCUUUGAUUUCUGCCAUGGAACAGUUGUAUAGUCUUGGAGCUUUGGAUGAAGAAGGGCUUUUGACUAAAUUGGGUAGAAAAAUGGCGGAGUUUCCUCUUGAACCUCCUUUGUCAAAGAUGCUUCUUGCGAGUGUUGACUUGGGGUGUAGUGAUGAGAUUUUGACUAUUAUUGCUAUGAUUCAAACUGGGAAUAUUUUUUAUAGACCUAGAGAGAAGCAAGCUCAAGCUGAUCAAAAAAGAGCAAAGUUUUUUCAACCCGAAGGUGAUCAUCUUACUCUGUUGGCAGUUUAUGAAGCUUGGAAAGCUAAGAAUUUUUCUGGGCCUUGGUGUUUUGAGAACUUUGUUCAGUCACGUUCGUUGAGAAGGGCACAAGAUGUUAGGAAACAGCUUCUUUCUAUAAUGGACAAGUACAAGCUGGAUGUUGUGACUGCUGGGAAGAAUUUUACAAAGAUAAGGAAGGCGAUAACAGCUGGGUUCUUUUUUCAUGCUGCAAGGAAGGAUCCACAAGAAGGGUAUAGAACAAUAGUUGAGAAUCAACCGGUUUAUAUACACCCAAGUAGUGCUCUGUUUCAAAGGCAACCAGAUUGGGUGAUUUACCAUGAGUUAGUUAUGACAACAAAAGAGUACAUGCGUGAAGUUACUGUGGUUGAUCCGAAAUGGCUGGUUGAGUUAGCUCCUAGGUUCUUUAAGGUUUCUGAUCCUACUAAAAUGAGCAAACGCAAACGCCAAGAACGAAUUGAACCCCUUUAUGAUCGAUACCAUGAGCCAAAUUCAUGGAGGCUCAGUAAAAGGCGUGCUUAAUCAGUUAAUCUUAAUCAAUCAAUGUUUAUGGUACACGUGGAAAUGAUGGAAUUGUUUUUUUGCUGUUUCUAUUUCUAUUGUUGUGUCAUGAGCUGUCUUUUUUUUCACUUUACACAUUUUGUUAUUUUAAUGUUUUUGUUUUUAUGAAGCAACUUUGUUUGUAAAUUAUACCGUUUUCCACAACUUCCAU